AUGACCGUCGACAGUCUUUCUCUCGCAGGCAAAGUCGCCAUCAUCACCGGCUCCGGUAGAGAAAACGGCAUCGGUGCUGGCAUCGCUCUUACUCUUGCCAAAGCCGGAGCUCGCGUUGUCAUCAACUAUGUAUCCAACUCCACGGCUUCUCGUGCAGAGGUUGUCCGCGAGAAAAUAGAUGCUGCUGCUGGCAAGAACAGCGCCAUCGUGGUGCAGGCCGACGUUUCCACCGCAGAAGGCUGCAAGAAGAUUGUUGGAGAAACAUUGGCCCGGUUCGGCGUCGACCACAUCGACAUUAUUGUGAACAAUGCAACAUACGUCGCCUAUGGCCCUGUUCUUCAAAGCAAGGCAGAAGACAUUCACACCGCAUUCGCAGUUUCCGUUGUUGGCCCCAUCCUCUUACUCCAAGAAGCUUACCCUCACAUGCCCAAAUUCUCUCGCAUCAUCAACAUCGGCAGCGUGUCUUCCAAGAUGGGAUUCAACGCCUUGCCCAUCUACGCGGCCGCCAAGGCUGCCAUGGAUCAGUUGACCUUCAGCUUGGCCCGCGAGGUUGGUCGAGACGGCAAGCACAUUACGAUUAACACUCUCGCUCCUGGUCCUGUUGAAACGGACAACCUACCGCCGACCCCUGAAUCUGCACCCUUGAGAGACUUCCUUGUUGAUUUGACUCGCAGCGAGGCAAGAGUUGGAACUGUGGAGGAUGUAGCUGACGCGGUCCUUUUGUUGUCUAGUGAGAAGAGUCGCUGGAUUACGGGACAGUUUAUUUCUGUUAGCGGUGGCAUCAACGGAGGCUAA